GGGCGGGACAAAGGACUGUCUCACAAGGCGACUAGUGGUCCGAACCUUCCUCCCUCUCCUUCCCUUACCCUUCCCCUCCCAGGAAAGGCUGGGACACGGCACCGGGGCUGUCCCGUGGCCGCUGCGGCCUCAGCUCCAGCCGGGCUGGGGUACAGAGAGUCCAGACCGCUGCCAAGGCGAGUGCUGAUUGUGACAUCACAUCCAUCCCCUUGGCGAUGGAGUUUGUCAGUAGGAAGGAAGACUCAGUUGAAGAAUAGCCAACAAGAUGGGUUACUGGGAGCAUCUCCUGAGUGGUACUGAGUGGAGGCAUCAGGGGGUUGGAGCCUUGUGAACAGGGAACCCGCCCCCCAACACUUGGAAGGCUGUCCUCAUUAAUGGCAGAGAUGGUCACCAGCCACUGUGGGUUGUACAUCCUACCAGCUAUGCAACCCAGGGGAAGAAGCUCCUGUGGAGAGCUCCAGUAGAAGUCCCAGGAUCUGGGUUUCAGUGAUGAGACAUGGGGUAUGAUGUAACCCGUUUCCAGGGGGAUGUUGACGAAGAUCUUAUCUGUCCUAUUUGCAGUGGAGUCUUGGAGGAGCCAGUCCAGGCACCGCAUUGCGAGCAUGCUUUCUGCAACGCCUGCAUCACCCAGUGGUUCUCUCAGCAGCAGACGUGUCCGGUGGACCGUAGUGUUGUGACGGUCGCCCACCUGCGCCCAGUACCUCGGAUCAUGCGGAACAUGUUGUCAAAGCUGCAGAUUGCCUGCGACAACGCUGUGUUUGGCUGCAGUGCUAUUGUCCGGCUUGACAACCUCAUGUCUCACCUCAGUGACUGUGAGCACAACCCAAAACGGCCUGUGACCUGUGAACAGGGCUGCGGCCUGGAGAUGCCCAAAGAUGAGCUGCCAAACCACAACUGCAUUAAGCACCUGCGCUCAGUGGUACAGCAGCAGCAGACACGCAUCGCAGAGCUGGAGAAGACCUCAGCUGAACACAAACACCAGCUGGCAGAGCAGAAGCGAGACAUCCAGCUGCUGAAGGCAUACAUGCGUGCAAUCCGCAGUGUCAACCCCAACCUUCAGAACCUGGAGGAGACAAUUGAAUACAAUGAGAUCCUAGAGUGGGUGAAUUCCCUGCAGCCAGCAAGAGUGACCCGCUGGGGAGGGAUGAUCUCCACCCCAGAUGCUGUACUCCAGGCUGUAAUCAAGCGCUCCCUGGUGGAGAGUGGCUGUCCUGCCUCUAUUGUCAACGAGCUGAUCGAAAAUGCCCAUGAGAGGAGCUGGCCUCAGGGUCUGGCCACACUAGAGACAAGACAGAUGAACCGGCGGUACUAUGAGAACUACGUGGCCAAGCGCAUCCCUGGCAAGCAGGCUGUUGUCGUGAUGGCCUGUGAGAACCAGCACAUGGGGGAUGACAUGGUGCAGGAGCCGGGGCUCGUCAUGAUAUUUGCGCAUGGCGUGGAAGAGAUAUAGUCUCUUGGCGGGCUGUCAGGAAGCGAUGGAAAUCAGAAAAUCUCAUCAUCCCAGUAGCUGGGCCCUGAGUCUUCCCCACUGUCCUUCACCCUGUGGCUUCCACGUGACCCACAUAUCUCCCUGCUUUUCUGGCACUGAAGGGGCCCUGAGGCACUUUGCUCAGCCCUUCAGGUGGGAAACCUACAUUCCUUCUUUUUGCCUAAUUUCUUCCCCUAAGAUGUCUGUAAAUUUUCAUUUUGGUUAGGAAAGUCCCCACCUCUAUAUCUGUUUUCCUGCCAAGGAUUCCUGGUUCCAGGUAUUUUCAGAAAGCACAAAGAUAAUCAUUUUCUGUAAGGAUCAGGGUGGAGUGAGGAAUCUCUGGUCGUUCCCCUCCUCCAAAGCCAGGGAAUCUGAGCAGGCCUAUUGACUAAACAUCAUUUAGAGGACAGCUCUGGGGAGCAGACAUCCUGAAGAAAUGGUAAGGGUGGAACCAAAACCCUAGAAAUAAAUAAUAGGGCCAGUAACUGGCCAUCACUGAUGGCCCUGAGGGGAAGACUGGACCUCUGUGCCAAGCAGUACCUUGUUUAGCCCACCUUAAAGGCGCGGGCUCCCGCUGGGUCUGCAGGUGUGCAAGUUGGGAUGCCGAAAAUGUCCAAGUGAGCUCUUGUUUCCUACACUUUCUCGUAAUUAGGGAAUGACAGGAGUGGGGGAAGGCGGUUAGUCUGUUGGGGUGAACAUGCUCAGCAGGAAGCAGCUCACUAGUUUUUGCUGAAGUCACGCAGGCACUGCUUCUGUGGCACAGGUCUAAUAGUUCCAGAGACCCCUCUCCAGCCCUGUGAUUGUAACACAUUAUUUUGAUAAUUUCCUUUGGCCAUUGUUACUUGUUUAUAUUUCACUCCCUCCCACUUUUUUUUUAAGAAUGGCCUGGUUAUGGCCACCCCACUUUUCCAGCCCAGCCACACAUUGUUGGCAAUUUAAUUUAUUUACUUUUUUUUUUUUUUUAAAGAAAGGAAAAAGAAAAAAAAUUAACAAAACUUGAAACUUUUCUUUUGCUGUUCCUAUGGUGGGGAUUCUGGAUAGGGUGGGACUGGGAUGGGGGCUAUUUUAUAUUUUUCCUUUGCAGCACAACCUUUGGCUUUAAUAGAGGAAGGGCCGAGGGAGUCCUUGGCUGGCCUCAUAAGGUAUGCCCCAACCGUCCUUAACUCACUGAGAUGAGGCGCUUCCUCUGUUCUAGUGAUGGAUGUGACAGUCCAGCACCGAUGCCUGUGCCCUCUGGCGAACUUUGCUCCUGGCCCUUCCAGGGUCUCAUUGUAAAAUUCUGGAUUUCGAGUAUUAAUUUUGAAGAAAUCCCUCACCCCAUUUCCUUGGAGAUAUGUAGCUGGAUUCUAUCUUCACCAGGAAAGGUGGAAUAGAAAUUGUGUCUUUGUCUUUGAGUAUAGGCUAUGCUCUAUCUCACUCAUGCCCUCUAAGGACUUCAGCUCCAUUUCAGGCUACCUGGGGCAUUCCUUGACCCCUAAGGUGACUGGCAGAGUAAUAGAAGGGGAGGGAUAGUGGGUGUGAUUGUUUUAAUAUGCAGGUGGGAGUGGGGUUGAAGAGAGAUGGCCAUAUAACAGCUUCUUCUCUUUUUGGAGUUUUAUUCCAGGCCAGCUUGCUAUAGGUCUGUAGUUGGGUCAUGGCUCCACUGGGAUUGGAGUGGAGGGAUACAGCUUGAAAGGAGUAAGGAACAGUCAUGUGUUCUAGCUCCAGGACAUUGUGCUCAGGAAUUUGAAAACGCUGCUAUACUUAGUCUGGUUACUACAUUUCUUCCACUCCCCACUGCCCCUGCCUGCCUUACCAAGGCCCAUACCCUCCUGUCAUCACCCUCAGAUGGAGCCAGGAAGCUCAGUUCCGGCUUCCCCACCCUUUGCACUAGUGUCUCUGCAGGUUGCUGGUUGUGUUACAUGUGCUGUUCCAUGGUGUUGACUGCACUAAUAAUAAACCUUUCACUCAGUUCUCUAAAUUCUUAAUUCAGUAUCACUCCCCUUCUUGUGAAGGUUUCUCCUCUGCUUUGGCCUUUUUCUCACCUUAAUUCCCCUUACUUUUUCCUUGCUUUGUAACCUACCCUAGUCUUAGAACUAACAUCUGUUUUAGGAGGAUGCUUGCCUGGGAGUAGUAGUCACCUCAUAUCUUCUGUGUCCUGUGUGCCCUCCUAACUCCUUCCCUCCUGCCUCCUGUUCUAUGGCAGCCAACACUUUCCAGUGAUAGGAACUGUGUUCUGCCUUUGCCCCAGAUUCCACAUCUUGCCUACGUGCUCCUGGGUUCUGGGAUACUUGCCACAGAAGAUGUACGUGCACCUUUCUCCCUUGUGCCCCCUUUGCUUUGGAAUCUGGGAUGCCAUUGCAGGCAGGGAAGCCUCUACCCUCCAAUGCCUCCUAACCAACAAAGUAAAUGUGAGGAAGGAAACCUGGAAUGGCUACCUGCUAUGGUUGUCAGCUCUUGAUAAACCCUUAUUUGCUGCCACCUUCUCCCUGUCAUGAGAAAAAGAACAUACUCUUUUCCCCCAAAACUAUAUUUUAAAUUUGUUGAGCAUUUAGCAUGCACCUAAUGUAAAUCUAAUAGUACUCUAGAUACUCUAGCAGGGUUAAAAAAGGGGGCAUAAGAGCAUAACUGUACCAACUGAGCCUACUACUUCCAUACACACAAGGUCUGACUGUAAAACAACGAUGAACACAUCACAAUAUAGAGCAUAAGAGGCAAUAUAUUUACUCUAGUGAAACCAGUAGUGCUUCCCGCCCCCCCAUCCCCCGAAUUGCCUUUAAAAUCACUUUCAGAACCUGCUUCUCAUUCUUUUGAAUGUCAUGAAUGGCACCAAAUCUUCCUUUUAGGGUAGAUUUGGUUUUUGGAAACAAUAUUCAUUGAAUAUUCUGCAAGGAACUCACUAGGGUGGGGAUAGGGGAGUUCAUGUAGCAAAAUGGCACCUACCUUCAAAGACUUACUCCCUAAUGGAGAUGAGUAUAUAAAGACAUAAUAAAUAUGGCAAGUGGAUUUACAAGCAAUAUGUAAAAAGGGGAAAAAUAAAGGCACCGAUUCUGAUGUGCACCAGGAAAGACUUUUUUAGGAGUAGUGGUAUUUAUUCUAGGUCAGAGGUUGGCAACCUACAGCUUGCAUCCUGCUGUCUACUUUUGUAAAAAAGUUGUAUUGGAACACAGCUAAGUACGUGUUGUCUAUGGCUGCUUUUAGAUUACAACAGCAGAGAUGAGUAAUUGACACAGAACUAUGGCCCACAAAACGUAAAGUAUUUGCUACUUGGUCCUUUACAGAAAGUUUGCCAACCCAUUCCAGGGUCAGGAGAAUGGGCAGGAAAAGGAAGAGAGUGGGUGGUUUUAAUUUCUUACUUCAGUGUAUAGAUUUGAAAAAUCAAAACAUCUUAUACAUUGCCCAAAUUAUCACUUAAAAUUAAUCAUACAUCCUUAAUCUAACACAAACCUAUAUUCUCACUUCCCCAAUUGUCCCAAGAAAAGUACUUUCAGAGUUAAUUUUUGUUCAUCCCCGGAUCCAAUCCAGGAACCAUGCAUUAUACACCAGGUUAUGUGUCUUAACUCUCUCUUUUAAUCCAGAUUCCUGGAACAACCUUUCUUUGUAACACUAAUUUAUUGAAGAGAUUGGGCCAGUAGUCCUGGAGAGUGGUCUUUUGGAUUUGACUGACUGCUUUCUCACGGUGUCCUUUAAUUUGUUCCUCUAGUCCCUGUUUUUACUAGAUAUUAGAUGUAGAAUCUGAGAGAUUCCAGUUUAACAGUUCUGGGACAGAAGACAUCAUAGGAGACAUGUUUUUUAUGUUGUGUAACACCAGGAGAUAGGCCCAGUUGUCCCACCAUUAGCUUGAUCGUUGUGCACUUAUAGAGAGAGUUUUUUAAAGCUGGCUAGGUGACAAAUACAUGCCCUGAGAGAAGGGGCAGCUGGUUGGUGGUGAAGCUCCAGUUGGUUGCUGCUAUAUAAGAACAGGGGCCCAAUAUUGCCAAAUCUUAUUUUCACGAAUCUUUGGACAUCCUGUUUAUGCUAAAUCACACAACUUUAUAUGUUGUUUCAAUUACAAAAAGAAA